GGACUUUCCAUGGGGCUUUCAUAUGUGUUUUCCAAAAAAGAGAUCUUGUUAUCGUUGGUAUUUUGGAACAGAGGAGUGGAUUCCGAUGGCAGAUUGGACUUUCCUCAUGUCGCCGUUCGUGACAUGAUUCGAAUCAAUCAAACUUGGUGGAUUUUGGGCGGGUUUUGGCAAAACCCAUCUCAACAUCUAGUUUUAACUCCGCAUCGAAUCAGUGAGUAUAUGGAUGAAGCCGGACACUGGCACACCGGACCCAAAUAUUUGAAUCGAUAUUUUGAAGGCUUUGCCACCAUAUCAGACACGUCAAUUUUAGCAGUGGGUGGAUCUCACUUGGCACAAAAAUCAAGAUCCUCAACCAAUACCGUCACCGAAUUCGAUGUCUCAACAGGAAUUACCACCCAUAGAUUUCAGAUGUUUGACGGUUCGGAUGUGCGAAAGUGCUGAACUGAGGGAUUGGGAAGAAAACCGUU